GUCAAAAGGCAACUAACAAACUGGAAGUAAAUAUUUGCAACUUAUAUAACAGAUAAAGGCCUAAUAUAGUUAAUGUGUAAAGAACACUUGAAAAGUGUGAAGGACCAACAACCCAAUAGAAAAAUGUGGAAAAGACAUGAACAGACAAUUCACAAUGAUAUUUAAACUGUUGUUAAACAGGAAUGCCAUCGAUAUAAUACUUCUCACCUAUCAUAUUAGUGAAAAGUAGAAAGUAUGUCACACGCUAUGUUGAAAAGUGUGUGGGGAAAUAAGCACUCUCCUAUAUUGCUGGUGGGAAAGCAAAAUGGGUCUGAGACUCAAGGGAGGGAAUAACCUGGAUAUGUAGAUUAGGAAAUCAUCUGUGUUUAGAGGGAAAUGAACAGAGAUCAGCCAGGGAGCGAGGACACAUGGACUGAGGAGAGCAGAGGCUCUGGACAUAGCUGCUACUCAAGGAGGCAGCGCAGCUACUGGCGGGCACCACCACCAGGGCUCUGGAGUCAGACGGAGCUGGUCUUGAAAACGGGUUGUGAGGCUCCGUGUGGAGCGCUCCUGGAGAAGUCGGGUACCCUCCCUGUGAUCAGCUGUCACAACUGGGGAUAAAGGGCAUCUCAGAGGGAUGCUGAGCGAGGACCUGAGAGGCACCAGGAAAACGAGGGGACAUCUCAACAUGGAAAAACUCUGCAAUGAAAAUGAAGGAAAGCUGGAAAGCGAAGGAAAGCCAGAAAAUGAAGUAAAGCCUGAAAAUCAAGGAAAGUCAGAUGAGGAAGAAAAGCCAGAAGUGGAGGGGAAGUCAGAACACGAGGGAGAGCUCCAGAAUGAGGGACGGCCAGAAGACCAGGGACAACCAGAAGAUGAGAGGAAGAGAGAAAAGCAGGACAAGUCCGAAGCUGAGGGAAAACCACACGGUGAGGGCAAGCUGGAAUCCCAGGCAAAGCCAGAGAGUCAGCCGCGGGCUGCCGAAAAGUGCACCUCUGAAGACUAUGUGCCCCGGAAAGCAAAAAGAAAAACGGACAGGGGGACGGACGAUUCCCCCAAGGACUAUCAGAACAACUUACAGGAAAGGCAUCUGGGCAGUGAGGAGAUGAUGACAGAAUGUGCAGAUAUGUCAAGGGCUCAGGAAGAGCUAAGGAAAAGACAGAAAAUGGGUGACUUUCAUUGGAUGCAAAGAGAUGUACAGGAUCCAUUCACCCAAGGGGCCAACGGGGUGUCAGGGGAAUGAGGGGCGGAGGUAGGGGCCAGAGGCGCUUACAUGAUAUCCCAUAUCUUUAAUGCCUUUGGCCUUCAAUUCUGACUCCUCUGAUGAGAAUAUCGCUGACCCUGCUUUCCCUGGCAGGCAUUUGCCAGGCUAUGUGCUUUAACCUUAAGCUGAUUCUUUGCUUUAGGUGUCACUCUCAUUACCAGCAGCCUUUUGAUCCAACUACAGUGCUCUCUGUGUUUCAGUAGGGGAUUUUCACCCACAUGCAUGGAGGAGAUGUUCAUGGUAUACUGUAAAACAACAAUAAAGAAAAAACAGUUUUCAGAACCGAAUAUAUAGUAUCAGCCCAAUUUUGUAAAAAUAUAAACAUUUGCACAAUACAUUUGUGCACAGAGAAAACUCUGAAAAUGUUUGCACUAAAAA